UUCUUUUUCAAAGGACGAUAAAAUAUUUGGCAUGAUUGCACACUGAAAAAAAAAAAAAACAUCCGAUUCUCUCAGUGAAGAAAUAAAAUAAGAUGGUAUAGAUUAUAAACAGAAAGGCAGGCAGUGGGAAAAUAAUAUAUUUAAAAAGCAAAAUCUUUUCACACCUCUGUUUCUGCCAUACAUUGCGGAACAAUCCUUUCUCUCCUUUUCUUUUCCGUCUAGUUGUUUCUUCUUCUUCUUCUUCUUCUUCUUCUUCCUUUGCUUUUUCCAUAAACUUCCGGCGACGCCAUGUCGUCGGGAGUUGCCAGCGACUGUGCAAACGGGAAACCAGUAUUAGGUUGUCCCUCCACUACAAGACGACGGGUCUCAGAUCUUCCAAUAACACCGGAGUCCGACAGCAAUAACUUAUCUUCGUCUUCGGACCACCACGCCCUCGCCUAUAACGAUGAAGAGGCCGACAACCCCAACGGCUUGCAAUCCAUGAUAAGGAAUCUGCUGCUUCGCAGGAAGUUAUUAUCAUUAUUCUCUUGGGUCUCUGAUACGUGUCAUUGGGCGUUUGUUAUGGCUCACAGUUUAAGAUCCGGCAGGAAUGCUGGCCGUAACAUCCUCUCAGCUCUGCUGUUGGUGGCGGUUGUUUUGUUUUUUCUCAAAGCCUCGCGUCUCAGUAAUCACGCCAAAUGGGGAAGAGAUAACGGCUUGUUGAUCUUGCAAACGUUCACAGAGGAUCGGACCUUGGCCCAACACAUUAUUGCCGAGACCAAUGUCGAAUCCCAAGCUGAACACUCCAUGCCUAAAGGCGUUAUUGAAAGGACCCCAGAAAUUUGGAGGAAACCAGACAGUGAAAAGUAUCAUCAAUGUGUAUCCCGACCUAAGAAUCGGAUAAGGACGGGAUCAAAGACUAAUGGCUAUAUUAUCGUUCAUGCCAAUGGUGGACUAAAUCAAAUGAGAACGGGAAUUUGUGAUAUGGUUGCUGUUGCCAGGAUAAUGAAUGCCACUUUGGUUCUUCCUUCUCUUGAUCAUGAUUCAUUUUGGAAAGAUCCAAGUGAUUUCAAGGAUAUUUUUGACUGGAAGCACUUCAUCAAUGUGCUGAAAGAUGACAUUGAGAUUGUUGAGCAUCUACCCCUUAGUUACAUAACAAUGAAGCCCUUUGUAAUGGCUCCUGUUUCCUGGUCACAGGCUAGUUACUACAGAAGGGAGGUGCUUCCGUUACUAAAGCGACAUAAGGUGAUCAAGUUCACUCACACUGAUUCGAGGCUCGCUGAUAAUGGCCUUGCAACCUCCAUUCAAAGGCUAAGGUGCCGUGCCAAUUAUGAGGCUCUCCGCUAUACGAUAGAGAUAGAGGAUCUUGGGCAGACUUUAGUUGACAGACUAAGGAAAAAUAAUGAGCCAUACAUUGCUUUACAUUUAAGGUAUGAGAAAGAUAUGCUUGCUUUCACGGGCUGCAUCCAUAACCUUACUGCUGAAGAAGGUGAUGAACUCACGGUAAUGAGAUACAAUGUCAAACACUGGAAGGAGAAAGAGAUAGAUAGUGAAGAACGGCGAAGCCAAGGGGGAUGUCCAAUGACCCCUAGGGAAGCAGCCAUGUUUCUCAAGGCAAUGGGUUACCCUUCCACCACGCCUGUCUAUAUUGUUGCCGGAGAAAUUUAUGGCAGCAACAGCAUGGCAACACUACGUGCCGAUUAUCCAAAUAUCUUUUCUCAUUCUACUUUGGCAACUGAGGAAGAGUUGGAAUUGGUCAAGUCAUACCAGAAUCGCCUAGCUGCAUUGGAUUAUAUUGUGGCAUUUGAAAGCGAUGUCUUUGUUUAUACAUAUGAUGGGAAUAUGGCUAAAGCAACGCAGGGUCACCGAAGGUUUGAAGGAUUUCGAAAGACAAUCAACCCCAACAGACAAAAUUUUGUCAAACUCAUCGAUCAGCUAGAUGCGGGUGUAAUAUCUUGGGAAGAGUUUUCUUUGGAAGUAAAGAGUUUACAUUUCGACAGGCUUGGAGCGCCGUACCUAAGACAGCCGGGGGAGUCACCACGACUGGAGGAGAAUUUUUAUGCAAAUCCUCUUCCUGGAUGCAUCUGCAAAAGAUCCCAGGAAAAGCAAACUAGCAGCCUGAAGCUUGAGCGGACCUUGAGUUCAGUUCAAAGACGGUAUUUAAGGUAGUCAAUCGUGUCAGUUGAAUUAUACACUGCAUUUUAAAUUCUUUGAUUCUGGUGGUUUCCCCUGGUAAAGAGACUUGCAGCAAUCACCUACUAGGCUGUGAAAUCUUGUGGUUUCCGAUUUCUCACUUGAAUUAUACAGUAGCUAUUUGAGUUUUUGUUAGAGGACCGAAACCAGCAACUUAGGUAAGCAGAGAAGAUGAUGUAUAAUUCUGGGGCAAAUCAGGCUAGUUCUACAGGCACACGACCAUAUAUGUCACACUGGAAUCAUGAUAUUGAUUUAUUCGUUAUUCUUUCAAUAAUUGAUUGUAGAAACAUAA